AUGAGUUUCAAGAAGAGGAAGUUGAAUACAAGUGAAUAUGAAUAUGAAUAUGAUCAACAUUCAACACCAUUUGGACAAUUAGGUGACAAGUAUAGUGAUGAGAGUGAUAGUGAUAGUGAUAGUGAUGAUAGUAAUAGUAAUAGUAACACACAACCAUUAAGAUUCAAACCAAUGUCAUUUACAAGUACAACUAGUACAACAACAACUACAGACAAUAAUACAACAACUACAGAUAAUAAUAACAAUACAACAACAACCAAUACUAAUACUAAUACUAAUACAUCAUCUAACAAUCACAACAACCACAGUCAAUAUGGUAUUGGUGCUAAACUAUUAUACAAGAUGGGUUUUAAACAAGGUCUUGGGCUUGGACUACACUUACAAGGAAUCACAGCGCCAAUUGAAACACCAAAAAGUUUUAGUGGUGUUGGUUUGGGCGGUAAAAGUAAAAGUGAUGGAAUUUUAAAGAAUAAAAAACAAAAACAUGCGAAUAAUGAUUUAAUGGAGUUAACAAGUGAUGAAGAAACAGAAAUACAUAGAGAAUCACCACAAGAAUUGCUUUAUAAUAAUUUAAUUACAUUACAAUCAAAUGGUAUCACAAUACCACAUCAUUUACAAGUUAUUUACAACAAUUUAAAGCAAGCAAUAAAUCCCACUAAAACUGCUCUUAACAACAUAGAACAUGAUGGAAUUAUUGAUAAUUUAAAUUUACAAUUAGGUAUAUUAAUUAAUCAAUUGACUAAAAUUCAAUCCAAAAAUAAAAUUAUAAACACCACAACAAAUGAGUUACAAAAUACAUUGAGGGAAACUUCAUCAAUGUUAUCUGCUUAUGAAGAAUUAUCAACAGUUAUUGAUUCAUUAUCUGAAUUAUUUAUAGAUUCUGGUCAAGAUUUAUCAACAAAAGCUUCUAUAUUAAGAGAUGAAGUGCAAAAAUUAGAACAAAUUAAUAAUAAUGAUACUGAAAUUGAUAUACAAAAAACUAUAAUCAUUGCAAUAAAACCAAUUAUAAAUGAUUUAAUUAAUGAAUGGGACCCACUGGAUUUUACAAAUGAUACAACUCUUGAAGAACUUAUUUUAUUGAAAAAUGUGCUACCAGAUGAUAAUAAUACAAUCAGUUACCCCGAAGAAUUAAAUUAUUUCCAAAGUUUAUUAUACACGUUAUGGUACCCCAAGGUUCAUGAUUCCCUCCUGGAUUGGUCUGUUGAUCAACCAAAUGUUGCAAUUACAUUAUUAUUAGAUUGGAAUGAAGUCCUAGAUAAAUCAAUUAUAGAUCAUACAACAAUAACUAUAAUCAAACCAAAAAUUAUAAAAGCUAUCCAAAGUUGGGAAAUUAUUAAUACAGAAUCUUCAAAUAAUGCACCAUUUGUUUGGAUAUUUGAAUAUAUUCCAUUUUUGGAUGAUGAAUCAAUGGAUGAAAUUAAAUUGGAAUUUAUUAAAAAAUAUACACCUAUAUUGGAAAAUUGGCCAAUAAAUUCAGAAUUAACAAUUGAAGGUUUAAGAUCAUUUAAAGAAAUUAUUGGUGAUCAAGAAUUUAAUCAAUUAAUUAAUAAGAAAUUAAUUCCCAACUUGACAAAAUAUUUAUUUAAUUCAACAAAAUCAUUUAUUGAACCAGAUACUUCUAUAAUAGAUUCUUUUUUCAUUUGGGAAAAUAUUUUAUCAAAUCAUAUAUUCAACACUCUUUUAAAAUUUGCAUUUUUCAAUGAUUGGUCCAAAAACUUAUACAAUUCAUUAAAAUCUCAAACCACAUCAUUUGAAAUCAUUUCACAAGGUUUUGAAAAAUGGAUUGAUUGUCUUCGUACCCAUUCAAAACAUUCAGAUAUAAUCAUUACAGAAGUUUAUCGUUCUUUAGGAAUGAUUAAUAAAUUCAUUGAUUCUGGUGACCUAAUACCAAUCCAUCAAGAAACUACAAUUGAAAAAAUCAUCCAAAGGGCAUUAACACCACCUUCCUCAAAAGAUGUGAAAGGAAUCCCAAUAAAUAAAUUACAAAUCACUUUUAAAGACGUGGUUGAGCAUUAUUGUACUGGGAAUAAUUUAUUUAUAACUCCUUUGAAAAAUGAUUUAUCUAAUGGUCAUUCAUUAUUUAAAAUUAAGGGGGAUAAAGGUUUAGGGAAAGGUGGUGUUGUUGGAUAUAUUGAAGAUGAUGUUUUAUGGGUUAAAGAUCAAGGGGAAAAGUUUGAACCGGUUUCUUUAGGGGAUUUGUUAACAAGGUUUUAA